AUGAUGUCCACAACAUUGUUUGGGAAACUCCAAGACUAUGAUAUGGAACUUGGUAGACUUGAAAAGCAUGAGAAUCUAGACAAGAAAUCCAAAAGCAUUGCCUUAAAAGUUGAUUCCAAAGAAGAAAAAGAAGACAAUCCGAAGGAAGACGAGAACUCCAUGCUUCUCGUAAAAAGGUUAGGUAAAUAUUUUGGUAGUAACAAAAAUUCUAGCUUUGCAAGAAAGAAGAAAUAUUUUAACAAGAAGGAAUCAUCUACGUCUACUCAAAAUAUUACUUGCUAUGAAUGUGGAAAGCAAGGACAUAUAAAGACAGAUUGUCCAAAACUCUCAAAGAAAAGUAGUUUCAACAAAAGAAAGGACUCAAAAUCUAAAAGAGCUUAUAUUGCAUGGGAAGAUAAUGAAGUGAGUUCAUCUUCCGAUUCCGAAAGCGAAUAA